GAGUCGCACCCCUCCUCGCGGUCAGUUCCAAAAAUUCGCCACAAACAAUACGGUAUGAUGCGACGACCUUGCCGUCUUGAUGUGCCUUUGGCCAUCCUCCUUGUGCUACUCCCAUCGUCGCAGGCCGCCGCCAUCUCCAGCGGCGACACGAUCACGCCGGCGACGCCGCCGCUCGCGGGCAACCACACGCUUGUGUCAUCCGGUGGCACGUUUGCGCUCGGGUUCUUCACUCCAGACCCUGCCGGCACGGGAAGGACGUACCUGGGCAUAUGGUACAACAACAUCCCGGCGCACACCGUGGUGUGGGUGGCCAACCGUGAGAACCCGGUGCUCGGCCCGCCGGACUCCGCCACGCUCAAGAUCGACGGCAACGGGACUAGCCUAGUCAUCGUCGACUCGCAACAUGGCAGCAGCAGGAUCGUGUGGGUCUCGCCCGCCGUGCUCUCAUCGGACGUCGUCCCGCGCAGCCCCACGGCCCAGCUCCUCGACACCGGCAACCUGGUUCUAAGCUUCGCCGGUUCAGGCGCCGUGGCGUGGCAGAGCUUCGACUACCCGACGGACACGCUGCUCCCGGGGAUGAAGCUCGGCAUCGACUUCCGGACGGGGCUGGACCGGCGCAUGAGCUCGUGGCGCGGCGCCGAGGACCCGUCGUCCCCCGGGGAGUACACGUUCCGGCUCGACCCGCGGGGCUCGCCCGAGCUCUUCCUCUACCGGUGGUCCGCCCGGACCUACGGCAGCGGGCCCUGGAACGGGUACCAGUUCACGGGCGUGCCCAACCUCAAGUCCAACGGCCUCCUCAGCUUCCGCUUCGUGUCGGCGCCGGGGGAAGAGGCGUACUACAUGUACGAGGUGGACGGCCGCAGCAAGGUGCUGACCCGGUUCGUGAUGAACUGCUCGGGGCAGAUCCAGCGGCUCAUGUGGAUCGACAUGACCCGCUCCUGGAGCGUCUUCUGGUCCUACCCCAUGGACGAGUGCGACGGUUACCGGGCCUGCGGGCCGUACGGGGUCUGCAGCGUGGCCCACUCGCCGCCCAUGUGCGGAUGCACCGCAGGAUUCCGGCCCAGGUUCCCCAAGGAGUGGGCGCUCAGGGACGGGUCCGGCGGCUGCGCCAGGCAAACGGAGAUCAACUGCAGUUCCGGCGCCGGCGCCGGCGGCGAUGGGUUCGAGGCGUUGAGCAACAUGAAGCUGCCGGAGUCGGCGAACGCGACGGUGGACAGGACGCUGAGCCUCGAGGAGUGCCGGGAAAGGUGCCUCGGCGACUGCGCGUGCCGGGCUUACGCCAACGCCAAUGUCAGCACGCCGGGGGGCAAGGGGUGCUUCAUGUGGACCGGCGAUCUGCUUGAUAUGCGGCAGUUUGAGAAUGGAGGGCAGGAUCUCUUCGUCCGCCUUGCUGCGUCGGAUCUGCCCGCCAACAUCGCUGUCUCGGAGCAAUCGCAGACGACGAAGUUCGUCAAGAUCAUUGUUCCAUCGGCUGUCGCCAUGUUGUUACUCCUAGCUGGAAUUUUCAUCUGUGUCGUCAAAGUGAAGAAGCAGAGCAAGGCGAUCCAGAUACCAUUGAACAACGGGCAGAGUACUCCGUUCAGACGAAGAAACCAGAUUGCUGCAUCUACUGAUGAUGGUCAGGACACCUCCUUGCAUCCCCCUGGUCAGGGAAAUCACCAGGAUUUAGAUCUACCAUCGUUCGAUGUAGAUACGAUCCAAGCUGCCACCGACAGUUUCUCCGACGCUAACAAGAUUGGCCAAGGAGGAUUUGGUCCUGUUUACAUGGGGAAGCUUGAUUCGGGGAAAGACAUUGCUGUGAAGAGGCUUUCGCGUAGAUCGAUGCAAGGGCUUCGAGAGUUCAAGAACGAAGUAAAAUUGAUAGCAAGGCUUCAGCAUAGAAAUCUUGUCAGGCUUCUUGGUUGCUGCAUCGAUGGUUCAGAAAGGAUGCUAGUGUACGAGUACAUGCACAACAGUAGCCUCAACAACUUCCUUUUCAAUGAAGAGAAGCAAUCGCUGUUAAACUGGGAAAAGAGGUUCAGUAUCGUCAACGGGAUUGCGCGGGGAAUACUGUACCUUCACCAAGAUUCGGUCCUAAGGAUCAUCCACAGGGAUCUUAAGGCAAGCAACAUCCUGCUCGACAAAGACAUGAACCCCAAAAUAUCUGAUUUCGGUGUCGCGAGAAUAUUCGGAACUGACCAGACUGCUGCACACACCAAGAAAAUAGUUGGAACAUAUGGAUACAUGUCUCCUGAAUAUGCAAUGGAUGGAGUCUUCUCCACCAAGUCGGAUGUCUUCAGCUUCGGUGUCCUAGUACUAGAGAUCGUCAGUGGCAAGAAAAACAGAGGGUUCUACCACAGCGAGCUGGACCUCAACCUCCUGAGAUAUGCAUGGAGGUUGUGGAAGGAAGGUCGGAACUUGGAGUUCCUGGAUCAGUCGAUCGCUGAGACGUCGAACGUGACGGAAGUGGUGAGAUGCAUACAGAUCGGUCUGCUGUGCGUGCAGGAGCAGCCGAGGCAUAGACCGGCCAUGUCGGCGGUGACCAUGAUGCUAGGCAGCGAGAACGCGGAGCUGCCAGAGCCAUGUGAACCGGCGUUCAGCACGGGGAGGAACCACGGCAGCGAGGACAUGGAGAUGGAGGUCAGCCGGUCAAACAGCGCAAGCAGUUUUACUGUAACUAUUGUGGAGGGUCGAUAGCGGUUGACAUUUUUUGUGCCGUAGCUGUCGUUAGAACUGCACCCAUUUUUAUUUUUUAUUUUUGACUUAGGAAUUAGAAGUUAGGACCAAAAUUAUAUGCCUUGUGUCAUCAGAGAGAUGAGGUCUUGUGCUGGUCUGAGAUAAGCCGUUUUGCAGUUUGCACAGAGCAUUCUAGUGGAGCUAGCCACAUCGUUUUAUUUCUUUCUUAGCUAGAUCUUUCGAGGUGGUUACUGGCAGUACUAUAUCUGCAUAUAUAACCGAGUGGAACGGGAAAAUGUUCUUUGUUUUA